UUGUGCUGCGGCUGGCCGGCGCGGCAGGCCCCGGACCCUUGCGGUUCCCGGGCAUGGUGAGCAAGGGGCUGCUGCGCCUUGUCUCUUCAGUCAACCGCAGGAGGAUGAAGCUUCUGCUGGGCAUCGCGCUGUUCGCCUACGCCGCCUCUGUCUGGGGCAACUUUGUUAACAUGAGGUCUAUCCAGGAAAAUGGUGAACUAAAGAUCGAAAGCAAGAUUGAAGAGAUUGUUGAACCGUUAAGAGAGAAAAUCAGAGAUUUGGAAAAAAGUUUUACCCAGAAAUAUCCACCAGUAAAGUUUUUGUCAGAAAAAGACCGGAAAAGGAUUUUGAUCACUGGAGGUGCAGGCUUUGUGGGCUCCCAUCUAACUGACAAACUCAUGAUGGAUGGCCAUGAGGUGACCGUAGUGGACAACUUCUUCACAGGCAGGAAGAGAAAUGUGGAACACUGGAUUGGCCAUGAGAACUUUGAGCUGAUUAACCAUGAUGUAGUCGAGCCACUCUACAUUGAAGUUGACCAGAUAUACCAUCUGGCAUCUCCAGCCUCCCCGCCAAACUACAUGUACAACCCCAUCAAGACACUGAAGACUAAUACAAUUGGAACACUAAACAUGUUGGGACUGGCAAAGCGUGUGGGUGCCCGUCUGCUCCUGGCUUCCACGUCUGAGGUAUAUGGAGAUCCUGAGGUCCACCCUCAAGGUGAGGACUACUGGGGCCAUGUCAACCCCAUAGGACCCCGAGCCUGCUAUGAUGAGGGCAAACGUGUUGCAGAGACCAUGUGCUAUGCCUACAUGAAGCAGGAAGGUGUGGAAGUACGGGUGGCAAGGAUCUUCAACACCUUUGGGCCACGAAUGCACAUGAACGAUGGGCGGGUGGUCAGCAACUUCAUCUUACAAGCACUACAAGGGGAGCCACUGACAGUGUAUGGAUCUGGGUCUCAGACACGGGCAUUCCAGUACGUUAGUGAUCUGGUGAACGGCCUAGUAGCACUGAUGAACAGCAAUGUUAGCAGUCCUGUCAACUUGGGAAAUCCAGAAGAACACACAAUCCUGGAAUUUGCUCAGUUAAUUAAAAACCUUGUUGGUAGUGGAAGUGAAAUUCAGUUUCUCUCUGAAGCCCAGGAUGACCCACAGAAAAGAAAACCUGACAUCAAAAAAGCAAAAUUGAUGCUGGGGUGGGAACCUGUGGUCCCAUUGGAGGAAGGAUUGAACAAAGCCAUCCACUACUUCCGGAAGGAACUAGAGUACCAGGCUAAUAACCAGUACAUCCCUAAACCCAAGCCCGCCAGAGUGAAGAAGGGCCGGACGCGCCACAGCUGAGUUAGCCUUGGAUAUGAGACUGUUUUACCCUUAUGUGGUGGACUUUUGUGGAAUUUUUUUUUAAAAACAAAAACAAAAAAAAACUUAAAACAGGUGUCAUGAAGAACAAACUGGAAUUUUAUUCUGAAGCUUGCUUUAAAGACAUUGAUGUGCCUAAAAGCUCCCUUGAAAUCUGCAGACUUUGCCUUGCACUUUUUAAAUCUGUCUUUUUUUAUGUACAACAGCCUAGAUGCAUCUCUGCUAUUUUCAGGUUUUUUAUCUUGCUGUUAGAGUGUAUGCUGUAACUGUCAUUGACAGUUUUAUUUACUGGUUUCUUUGUGAAGCUGAAAAGAAACAUUAAAUGGGGUGGAAAAUGCCAAUUUUAUUUAUAAAGGGGGGUACUUAUAAAUGAGACAUUACACUAUGCAUAAAGAAUAAAAAUCCUAGAGGUAUUGUCAGGUGGGUGGUGCACCAGUGUUUAUUUGGGGACAGGUGAAAGAACGCUGUUGGAAAGCUUUGCAUUUCUUUUUUAACUCAGUUUUCUGAAGGUCUAGUUUUCACUUGCAGACUUGACUUUGAAACAUCCCUGUUGGUUCUUGAUCAGAGAUAUUUGAAAUCACUACUGUGUUGUGCUGCAUAUUGGGGUCGGGGGGACAAUGUUAACAUAUUCUUGGUUAACCAUGGUUAAAUAUGCUAUUUUAAUAAAAUAUUGAAACUCACUGUCAUGGGCUUUGAGCUACAAAGAUUAACUUUCUGCUUUAUAUCAGAUGUUGGGUUGCUGAGAAUAAUACUUGAGAUCAAGUUUGAGGACAUUCUGAGAACAUCCAGGUUUACACCAUAUUUAACUUGAUGUGUGACUGUUAGAACCAUCUGUGUGCUGCGUGGGCUGAGUCUGUGCAUACGAUACACAAGUGUAUAUGUCUUUAUCUGAAGUGCUUAAAACCAACUGUUUCAAAUUUCA